AGUAUAAAUAAUGGAUCAUUUUUAUUUAUUGUCAGUGAGAGAUUGAGUGCACAAGCUUCAAAAAUUGGAUUAUCAAAAAUGAAAAUGUAUGUGCGAUUUUUAAUUUUUGUGUCAGUGAUGUGUUUUUUGUAUCGAGGUACAGAAUCCAUAAAAUUAAUAAAAGAUGAGGGAAAAAUUGAUACGAAUUUAAAAAUAUCGAAUAGUCAAGAAAAAGGAAGAAGAUCUACUCGUUCUUUGAUAAAUUUACAAAACGAAGAAGCAUUAGAGCAUAUUAAAAGAAUAGCAGAAUAUUUCGAAAACGACGGACCCAAUAGAGAUGUAAUUCUAAAAGAACCUUGCAAACAAGCAAAAUGUGGAGAAUGUUGUAAUUCACGGCAAUCAAAUAAACCACCACCAAGUGAACCAAAAGAUAGUAUUGUUGGUGCUGCAAUGGGAGAUAAUUGGUGCCCUGCUGAACUACUCGGAAUCACUCAUCACGUGAAAAAUUCUCCGUCCCCUAAAAAUGAAAUAGUUGGAAGUGCACGACAACCUUUAAAUUCGAAUAACUGUCCAAAACAAGUAAUAACACAACCAACUGUUCCUCAACAAAGGAGUUACAUUGAACCAAAUCUAAAUAUUGAAACCAUACUGCCAACAACAUAUUACAAUCCUCAACCAUUACCACCACUACCAGCACCGAGAGAAAUCGCUGUUCCUCAACCGAUAAUUUUACAAGCGCCUCAAAAUCAACCAGUGGAACAAUUACAGAUGCCAGAAGAAAGAACCCUAUUCGGCCUGCAUAAACCUCACUUCGGAAUUCCGUUAAAUAAUUUUAUUCAUCCUCCAAUAUGGUUUGGAUUACCUCCACUUUUUCCAAAAAGACCAUUAAUAAGCCCAACUCUACCAAUAGGAUUGUUCGCACCUAAACUACCCUUCAAAUUAUUCCACAGAAAACCACAUUCCUGCACCAGUAUUGCUAUGCCACAUAGUUUGUCCACCAAUGAUUUGGAAGCAUCUCCAUCGGAUUUAAAUCCAAUAGUUAAUUUAGCAUUACCUCGACAAAAUGUUAUGACACCAGAAAUUAAUUAUCCUGAGGUUAAUAUCGAAACACCUGUGAUGGCUCCAAGGAUUAUUAAAAAGAGACUACCUUUACUGAAUUUAGGUUUGAAAUCUCUUAAAUUUCAUCUUGGAUCACAUCUCAAGGAUCUUUAUCCAACAACAUACAUUUAUGACGCACCCAUUCAUCCACCAUUAUUAAAUACUUUUCCAAUUUUCACAAAAAAUCCACAUUGCGAUGAAUCGAAAAUUGAAUUUGAUACGUUUGAUGAACUUGAAAACGCAAAUCAGUCGGGAUUUAAUGAAACAUUUAGAUAAAUAGGAGGCCCUAGGAACUUGUUUAAAUUAAAUAAAUAAAUAAUACACGAGAAAAAUAAAUAAUAAAUAGAACGAAAAUUUGUCCCUAAAGUUAGCGUCGAUGCUCAGCGACGAAAACUAUUAUUUGGAGUUUUUAGAGAUAGCAAAUAUCACUAAUUACUCUUUCUUAAUUCACUUAGAGAUAACAAGAAAUGCUAAGGACAAUUUUUUAAUUUAAAAACUUUGAAAUAAUUAUUUUAUUCUUUCGGACUUCGGAAAAUUUAUUAACGCUCAGCGUCGAUGCUAAUUUCCAGGAUCUAAAAAAAUUGUACUGAAUCGGAGAAUUCAAAACCAUUUAGAUUAGAAAAAUUUAUCUUCGAAUUCAAAUUUUAUUGUAUAAUAACAUCGAGUCACGUAUUAAAAAACAAUUUAUAGUUUCAAAAU